ACGCUUGACACCACUCAUCAGCCAGGAGACAAGAUGGCGAAAUGGUUUUUGCUGAUGGCUGCUGUGUAUCUUGUUCUCACUUUGUGCUGGGCAGAAAUGGAUUGUUGGAACUACCUAGUAUCUGGACCCCAGGGAGUCCCUGACGCUGCUAUUUCAGCGUCGUCCUACUAUCCGUUAUAUAUGUUGCAUCACAACCCCGCCUGUGGCCGCCUGUACAUGUACCCUGAGAGGAGUUCGACCGGAUGUCAGGCCCCCAAUGCAGCAGGCUGGUGUAGCUUAAGGGGAGAUCCUGAUCCAUAUAUCCAGGUGGACUUUUCUGAUCUCAAGAACAUUGUUGGCGUCGUUAUGCAACAACGCCAACAAUUUAGGACGAAUAAUGACAUCAUUACAUAUCAAGUUUCGUACAGUGUGAACGGAGAGGACUGGGAAUACCUGAAAUCAGAGGCCGACAACCAGACUUUCUACGUUCCAGCAGAUUCCGCGGAGGAGAACACAGAGCGACAGAGUAACAUAAGUCCACCUGUUGUGGCUCGGUACGUCCGUAUUCGCCCACUGACUUGGGUAGACACACCAACUGGAGUACCAUGUCUCAGAUUUGACGUGAUCGGAUGUACCCACGGUGUUGGAACUUCUGUUCAAGUUGCCAGGAGGCGCCGGUUUGCUUACCUCCCCUUGCCAGCUGGAUCCAUCAGUGAUUAUGAAGUGAUAAUGCAAGGACAUACCAAAGACCUUGGAGAGUGCAGCCUGCGGUGUCACCGUGACGUCACGUGUCGCUCAUUCUCCUACAGCAACGCUUACAAAGAUUGUAAAGCAUACAGUGUCAACAAGUACAGCCAGCUGAGUGCAAGAGCAGGCGAGCAGUCGAUUUCGGAGAAACAGUAUCUCUACUACUUUGACAUGAGUGAGUGUAUUCUGACGUUUUACGGUUCUAACGUAGAUCUAUACAUGACAACUGACUCGACAACCGGACUGAUGUACAAGGUCAUCACACGGAAGUACAACAAGGAGGACGCCAUGACAGCUUGUGCUGGUCUCGAGAUGAGACUCCUAGUGGUCAACUCUGUGGACAAACUCAACCGCUUAGAUCGGAAAGGAAAUCCCAAGAUAAUGGAAAUUCCAGAAAUUUCUGCCAAGAAUUGUUGA